AUGGCAGGGCCGAAGACCGCAUCGGUAGAUGGGGAACAGCCGAGAGACGGAGGUCAGCGCCCGAAAGUCACAGACGAGAGUUUGGGUUGCAUGGCGAAUGAUACCGGUCGCGAAGGUGGUAGCAUGUCAGCGAUGGAUCGGUGGUUGGGCGAAACGAGGAAGGAGGAGCCUUGGAGUGUGUACAGUCGAACGCCUGACGCCUAA